CAUUCCCAUUAAAUGUAACCCUACACCGAAGACGCGAUAAUCCUAAUAAACGAACAACAACAACGAAACGCGAAACCGAACGAGCGCAGUUUAUCUACCUCCUACUUUGGCGACACACACCAUCUUCAAGAGACAUGAGGCUAUCGUUGAUUGCGGUUUUGCUGGGGAUAUUCGCAAGCCAAAUGGCGUGCGGGCUCAAGUGUUAUCGUUGUGACAGUAAGAUCUCGUAUCAGCAUUGUGAUAAGAAGAGAGAGAAGAUCGCUUGCGAUGACGCUACGCACCGAUGCAUCAAGGCCGACGUUAGUUACAGGCUCCACAGCCAAGAUAUCCAUAACUUCAGGAAGUCUUGCGUGCCAAAGAUGGGCUGCUCAAACAACAAUAACGAACUGUGCAAAGCCGCACCUUACGGAUCAAGCAAAGACUGCAAAAUCAAAUGCUGUAGCACGGACCUGUGUAACGCGGGCUCAACACCACUCCUCAGCGGUCUGCUUAUCGUUAUCAGUAUGGCAGGGCUCUUAGCAAAUCUUAGGUUGUUUUAAGAUGGAAGGAACACAUCUUUGUCCCUUGUGCUCUGAACGGGAUUCCUGUGGUUGUUCGGGUGAUGUCAUAUCAACAACCACAGGAAAGCCAAAGCACCACAGGAAGCCCCAAAAGAGCGUAAGGGAUUAGGCCGAGAGAAGCGUAAGACGGUUUACAUAGCCAUGUUUUUAGCUGGUGUAAGGGGAAGAAUGUGCUUUAAGAGAUGGUUGACUUGUGCUUUGAAUUAAUUAUAAACUUGAGAAACGUCUUAGCUGGAACAAAACAUUGUAAGAACUAUCGAUCUUCGUAUAAAUUAUUGGUUCCUGUACCUAAAGCCUCGUCCAAACAGCGGCGGCAUGGUUGUUGAAAACAGCCAGUAUUGAUCGGAACAGUGUUUGUGCACCAUGUCGGCAAGUGCAACAUUUUCUUUGUUUUGUGCUCAGCCAAGCGAGAAGGUGGCGGUGCCGAUGUUUGCGGUUUGCACGGGGUUCAACUCGAUCUGUCAAUGAAGAUUAUUUUUAACAAUGAUUGACUCCAGCUUUAAGUGAUACCAUUUUAGCCAUA